AUGCCGCUUCACCGGCUGAGCAGCGGCUACAGCGGCUACUUGUCGGGGGCCUCGGAGGCCAGCGACCAGCCCCACGCCCGCAGCGACACUUUCUACGGCCGCCUCGGCUCCACCGUCCGCGACAGAAGCCACGAGGUCACUCCCACCCGCCGCGUUUCUUUUUCUCAACUUUCUGCCCUCCGGAAGAUCUGCGUUCGACUCACUUACGAUGAAGACGCCUACCCGGGAGGAAUCGACAUUGACAUGUUCGCCCUUCUGUUCGACAACGCCUGCGCCUUCGUGGACUGCAUUUUCUACAAACACCCCGAAGACGCCAGCGGCAGUUUUUCUCUCAACCAAAAAACCAACUCCCUCGCAGUGGACCUCGAGACUGUCCCCGACUCUUGCCACACCAUCGUCUUGGCUGCAGCAGUCUACACCACCGGCAUGUCCAUUGCAGAGCUGGAGGGGGGUCUGAUCGAGAUCUGCGAAGGCUUUAUGGGGCCCGUUUUGUUUUCCAUUCCUCUUCAAUCUCUCGAAGUUAAUCUCGAAGAAGCAACGGACUCUGCGGGAGUUUUGUUUUUCAGUCUUUCGGAGUUCGGGGGGAAGUGGCGCUGCCGCCGCCUCGAGCGGUUCAGCAAGCCCGAGCUGCCUUCGCUGAUGAAGGUUGCAAAGGAGGAGUCUCAGCAGAUUGAAGAGGACUUUGCUGUGGGAAACCUCAAGAACCUCCGAACUCUAGACUACGUCGCCAGAACUGCCGAAAGCUCGCCCACCAUGCGCUCCAGUUCCAGCGGCAGCCGCGAAGCCCAAAAAAUGAACUUUUCGAUAAAUUCCGAAAAGCUUGAAAAGCUGCAAAGUCGUCUCUCGGCCUUGCGAGGCGGCUCCAGCGGAGAAGGGACAAACACUGAGGCCCGUCUGUCGGCAUUGGAAGAUCAGCAAAAACGCCUUUCGCGGCAGCUCAGUAAAAUAGAAGACAAACUGGAUUUGCUGCUGGAGGGGCUGCAGGGCUAG